CUGGGGCUUGUGCCUCCUUCUCCGCUGUGUCCCGCUGCUCUCCCCCUCCUCAUCUGGCCGUUUGUUCACAACGAGCUUCUUCAGCCUUUCGAUGCGCUCCGGGUCCGCCGCCCCUUUCAUCGCCUUUAGCCGCCUUUUCUCCACAUUCUCCGGUUUGGCUCUGCCCCGGCCGCCUUUCAGAAAGCUCUCGUACGCUGCCACAUUGUUGAAACUUUUGACAUUUGGAACAGGAAUCCGUACAGUGGGCGAGUACAAGGCCAAGAGAGGGUCAAAGUUAUCAGAGCAGACAUCUAUUUUAUCUGCGUCAUCAUCCCCAGCUUUACUGUCCGCCUCUGGUUCCUGCUCCGCUACUAAUGGUGUACUCGAGCAGGUUGCAGAUACAUUUUCUUUGCUGUCUGACUUUACACAUUUUCUUUCCCUCUCCUCCAUGUUUUAAACAGCCGCAGAUGAGCUCACGGUGAAGCGAAGAAUCCUGGGAGUACCCUCAUGCUGAUUGGAAAGGCUUUUAGAUUUGGUGGACGUGUCAGGUCUGGGGUUAUCAAACCGUUGGCCUGUCUUUUUACCGCUCCCAGCAACAUGGCCAAGAGCAAGUUUGAGUAUGUGCGCAACUUUGAAACCGAUGACACGUGUCUACGAAACUGCUACAUUGUUGUGAGACUGGACGGGCGCAACUUCCACAAGUUUGCAGAGCAGCACGAGUUUACAAAGCCCAAUGACAACAGAGCCUUGGGCCUGAUGAGCCGGAGUGCACGCUCUGUCAUGGAAGAACUCGAGGAUAUCGUCAUCGCUUACGGUCAAAGUGACGAGUUCAGCUUUGUUUUCAAGAGGACCUCCACCUGGUUUAAAAGGCGAGCCAGUAAGCUCAUGACCCAUGUGGCCUCCCAGUUCUCCUCUUCAUAUGUGUUUUACUGGAAGGAGUUUUUUGGGGAACAGCCCCUCUUGUACCCCCCAGGCUUUGAUGGACGUGUGGUCCUGUAUCCUAGCAACCACAACCUCCGAGACUACCUCAGCUGGAGGCAGGCAGAUUGUCACAUAAAUAAUUUGUACAACACAGUGUUUUGGACUUUAGUACAAAAGGGGGGACUCACCACAGCCCAGGCAGAGGAUCGCUUAAAGGGAACAUUAGCUGCAGACAAAAAUGAGAUCCUUUUCUCUGAGUUUGAUAUCAACUACAACACUGAACCGGCCCUCCACAGGAAAGGCACUACUCUCAUCUGGGAAAAGCGGGAUGAAACUGUCCUCAAACGCAUGAAGCUUCCCAACGAAGAAGAGAAAGACGUGGCCGUGACUCGCAGCAGGAGGAGGGUGCAGGCCCACCACUGUGACAUUAUCGGAGAGCAGUUCUGGGAGGAACAUCCAGACGUCCUGGAGGACGACAACUGCUAACAACAGGAGAAAACCACUGAACGGAGUCUGGCCAGCCAUACAAGCAGUGGGCAGACGAUAGAACAGCUUGUUGUUAACUGAUGGAGAGAAACAACAUGAAGCUUAGUACACUUGAAAACUUUGAAAGAGCUUUUUCUGAGACUGAAGCCUUUUGAUGAUUGACUUUGUACAAUGACUCUCUCCCAGGAACAACCUAUUCUUACUUUUACAUAUUAAACUUGUAUCAUAAUGUUCCCUAGGACGUGUUCUGCUUCAAAAUCAGUGAUGAUGCCUGUUCAUGUUCAAAGGGAAGCAGAAGAUUUCAUAAGCUUUCAGCAGUGGGUGUUGAGGACAUAUACACAGCAGUUUGAUACUGCCCCAGACAUCUUCCCAAUCCUAGUCUAGUGCAUGUAGCUUUGCGUAAGUUGCUUUACCAAAAAUAUAUUUGAUAUCAUGAAUAACAUUAUUCAGAAUACUACCAUUACUUGAUCUUUCAGCAUGUUUAACAUGAUUUGUCUUGGCCCACUGUUUUUUUAAUCUGUGUGUGGCCUUUUUUUGACUCUCUAUCUUUUUUGUUUAGGAAGCAGAGUUUCCUAAUGGUUGAAAUGUGAUGAUACAGGACGCCUAUCUGCAAAGUGUUUAGUAUCACUUACAGUUUACAGUAAGAAAGCAUAUCUGAGCUAGGAAUAAGCAGAAACCAAUACCUUGGCAGUCGACCUUGUUAAAGUCGACAACUGGAUCUGUGAUCUCUGAUCUGUGUUUUAAUAAGGUCUCCAUAAUGAGUUAAUGAACAAUUACACACUGCACUUCAAUUAAGUAAGAUGUACAAAAACACAUUAUGAUUGCAGAAGUUUCUCUUUUUGUAAGACAUAAACUGUGCGCUUAGACCAGUUCA